AUGCCCCCAGCCAAGUACAGCACAGGAGAGUAUGGACAGAUGAGCAACGAUUCAGCCAGAGAUAAGAGUGCAGUGUGGCCUCCCUGGAUCUUGAUGUUCCAUGAAUUCCUGGACAUGGAGCAUUCGCCCACUGGACUUACAGCCAAAGAGGUUUCCCAGGCCAGCAAGCAGCCGGGAGACCCCCCAGCCGAGAGAGCGGCAGGGUAUCGGCCCGGUGGCUUCACGCUGCUUGUUUCCCACCCUUCGGGGAGACCCCUGGGAAACUCCGCGAAGCCUCCUCCAGACUCUGUUGAGGCUCUCGCCUUCUCUAGCCAUCACCUCCAGCGGGUCUUGUUUGGGCUUAGUGUCUGCUGCGUGCUGGCUCCCCCAUCAGACUGGAACAUCUUUGUAAUCAGUUUGUCUGUGGCCGACAUGCUUGUUGCUGUGUAUCCUUAUCCUAUGACCCUGAUUGCCAUCUUGAACAACGGCUGGACCAUGGGAAAACUCCACUGUCAACUGAGCAGCCUGAUUACAAGCAUUAGCGCUGUUAGCUCCGUCUUUAACAUCAUGGUGAUAGCCCUCAACCGCUACUGCUACAUCUGCCAUAGCCUCCUGUACGAGAAGAUCUUCACCGGAAGGAACAGCAUCCUCAUCCUCAUCGUGACCUGGCUGAUGACCAUGUUGGCCCUCAUCCCCACCUACUAUGUGACCACCGUGCAGUAUAAUCCCCAGGUCUAUACUUGCAGCUUUGUCUACACUUCCUCUGCCUUCUACGCCUUUGGAAUGAUGGCCCUCCAUUUCCUCAUCCCCCUGACGGUGGUGGCGUUCUGUUACCUGAGGAUCUGGAUCUUGGUCAUUCAAGUCAAUCAUCGGGUCAAGGUGACCAAGCCAAAGUUCAUGCUAGUGGACGUCCGCAACUUCAUGACGAUGUUUCUGGUCUUCGUCCUCUUCGCUCUGUGCUGGGGCCCACUGAAUUUCAUCAAGCUGGCCCGGGUCUUCGAUCCUCUGGGCGUCGGCCCUAGCAUUCCAGAGUGGAUGUACAUCGGGAGCUACUACUUGGCCUACUUCAACAGCUGCGUCAACGCGAUGAUCUACGGAACCCUCAACCAGAACUUCCGCAAGGAGUACCAGCGCAUCGUCCGCAACACCAAGGAGUCGGCCUACUACUUUGUCGUUGACCUGCAGGAGCAAAUCCAUGAGAUGAGGAUGAGGCGCAAGCCAACCUAUGCCGGGGCCAGGCGCAUUCAAGGAGACACCUAUCUGUGA